AAAAACAGAGAGAAGAAAACACAAAUCUUUCUUUAAGACAUGAACUUCUUGGUAUUGACGCUCAAGAGGCGCUCUUUCUUCUCCACGAUGUUAUUUGCAUUGAUCGCUGCUUGUUUCAUUUUCGCGGUUCCUGCCGCCGGAGCAAAAGCGUUUCCAGCGAUUUUCGCGUUUGGCGAUUCGAUUCUUGACACCGGCAACAAUAACUUGCUGUUCACGGUAUCCAAGUGCAAUUUUCCUCCGUACGGAAGAAACUUUCCCUUGAAAAGACCCACCGGAAGAUUCGGAAACGGAAGAGUUUUCUCGGAUUUCGUCGCCGAUGGUUUGGGGAUAAAGCGUUUCGUGCCGGCUUUCCGACGUCAUCCAGCGAGCAGAGAGCUACGGACCGGUGUAUGUUUUGCAUCGGGUGGCUCAGGGCUCGAUCCCGUUACCUCGAGGAUUCAGGGGGUAAUUCACGUGAAUGAUCAAGUGAAGGACUUCGCGAAGUACAAGGCGAGGCUGAGAGGCGUGGUCGGGACGGAGGCGGGAGUGAGAAACAUAGUGUCGAAAGCGGUGUUCUUGAUCUCUGCCGGAAACAACGAUCUCGGCAUUACGUACUACUCCACCACCCUCCGGAGCCUUCAGGCCACUCCGGGUUUAUACACCACUCGACUGGUCACUUGGUCCAACCAUCUAUUUAAGAAUCUGUACAACGAAGGAGCGAGAAAAUUCGCGGUAAUGGGAACGUUACCGUUGGGGUGCCUGCCGGGGGCGAGAAACAGUAUAGCCGGAGGGCCGUUGAGGAUGUGCAGUCUUUGGGUGAAUAGAGGAGCUCAAAGCUUCAACAGCAAAUUGGAAGCAGAGGUUAAGAAACUUCAGUUAACUCUUCCCGGUUCCAAGUUUGUCUACCUCGACAUGUACACUCCUAUUCAUAACAUCGUCAAGAACCCUAUGAGACAUGGGUUUACUCACGUGGCGGAUGGCUGCUGCUGCAUGCCAACGAGGCCGUUGCCAUGCAUCGAUGUUAAUCGCUACGUGUUUUGGGACUUUGCACACCCAACGGAGAAAGUCUACAAGAUCAUUUCUCCACCCAUCGUGGCGAAAAUAAAAAAAAGCCUCGCCUGAUGAAUCUUGGCUUUCAAUCUUUGAUUGCUAUUAAUUACAUAUUUACCACAUAAAUAAUGCAUACGUACAUACGUAAAGCGAUGAUGUAUAUUUGUCCAUGCAUGUUACAGUCAAAUUCACGUGAUAUCAGAUUUGUAUCAUAUAGACAUAAAUAUAAAUGAAUUCCAUGUUGAUUUCAACA